AUGCCGCUUUCUCCGCGGCUCGACGACUCAAAUGCACCAACGGAAUCCCGCGUAAUUCAAAACUCUAACGGCUACUAUUCAACCGACUUGAUACCUAACGCUAACUUCAGUAAUCGAACGCAUAUCGACUCCAUGAAAGUCAGUCCAAAGACUUCAGUCGUCCACACGGUGGGAAGUGCCUCGCUGUUAGACCUGGAUCCGUCCAGCACUUCUGGUUUCCAAAACUCGUUCCCACAACCUCUAACCACUCGCACCACGACAUCGGAUCCGGAAGUGGAUUGCAUGUCUCCGAAACCACUCUACAGAACGAAUCUGCUAGAAGAAGAUCUACUUCAUACAUACGGCUCCAUCACUGAAACUCGCCUUGACAACAUCAACAAAAGUCAUCCUGCUCUUCCUGUGGCAGCGAAUAAAACGCAUGAUCCCUGGUACAGCCCUGAACCACAUAUUGUUGGCCGUAUUAAACAACACCUAAUGUGCAGUCCACCCAUUGAAAUACCAUUGAAUUCUAUUUUGCAAACCAAUUACCGAACGAAUUUCGGGGGUUGGAUCACUGGUCAGCCCGUAGAACAGUCGAUACAAGAAGCAGUUGCUUCUUCGAUGGGCAGUUCAUCAGAGCCGGACUGGUCCUGGCCAAGCGUUGAAGUAGAGAAUGCUCUCUUGCAGAAGGAUUCUUCCGGGCAACAAACACAGACCUACUACAAUCCAAAUUGCUCCAUAGACCCAGCUACUGGAACAUACUCUGAUUUAUCUGGGUCAUGCAACCUGCUUUUACCCUGGCAGCCGACGAUGGCAUUGCACAGUAAUAUAGAACAACUGGACAGUGACCAACAGUCGAUUCACAAUGCCGGCAGCUCUUCGACAAGUGCCUCUGUGCCACAAGAAGUCGAGUUAGAUGAGGGAAUCACUGAAGAAGACGGAGAGUCAAACAGUGGUUCAUCGAAUGGAACGUUGUCAGGACCAGUCGCCGUGGAAACAGAAAGUCAUCCGUCAGUGAAAUCAGAGUAUUCCGUAGAUACUUCGACAAGCUUAGGCUGUGAUAUCUCACAAAAAUUACCCGAGAUCGGCGGAUCCCCAUUGAAGAGCAAAUCUGGAUAUUUUGGUGAGUCAGAUAUUCUUAAGACAGGCGGUGAAAUGGUCCAAUGUGUUCGCUGUGGUAUGUAUAACCCCAGUUCAUCGUUAGAAUGGGCACGAGACGAAGUAACCGGAUUGUUUCUUUGCGCGUAUUGUGUAUCCUAUCGACCCUAUCCUCCAUCUGAGGCAUCAAGUGCGACUGCAUCGAGUGAACAGACAUCAUCAGUUAUCUUCGGUGAUCACUACCAACAUCCGGAACUUCGUGUGCCCUGUACAUACCCGUCUUCUCCAAGAAAUCAAAAUACUAUGAGGGAUGAAGAUCACCGGGCCUAUGGCUUCACCAAAAUUAGCCCUUUACCAGUCGGAAAUGAUGAACCUUUGCGUGGAUCAAGGCAGCAAAGUUUGCAGACAGUAACACCUGUACCUGACGGGUACAGCUGUGAUAUACCAUCUUCGCAGGUUUUUCGUUAUCCAACUUUGUUCGACCCUUUGGGAAUUUCGACCCAUCACAACAGACCGUACGAAAAUGAACCCGGAGAACUUCAUUGUAUGGACAAUGUACUCCAAACAGAUUAUCCCUCUGGCAGAACAGCUCCUUCCCAAUCACUGAACAUUAGCGCAUAUUGGUCAGACAACAGUCUUCUUCGAAAAUCAUCCCGAUGUUCCACCCUGGACAGUCAAUCGGAACCCCCUCUCCUAUCGAAACGAAUCGAUACACCCUAUGUCCCGCCGACUUCUCGUUCAUUCGGAUGGGAGUACAGUGCGCAGAUUCCUUUGGGUUUUUUGAGUAAACCGUAUUGGGGUGAACCAGUUUUUUCCCCAUGUUCAUCGCAGGCGAUCACCGGCACACUUCGCAAUAGCAGUUUACGUCCAAAUGGUGAGGAAUUGAAAAGAAGCUCCUGGUCUUACAUCCAUCCACCCCGAAAAGAGCCUGACAGUCCGGGCUUUCAACGAAAACAAAAUGGAAGUCAGACUCCUACUUUUGAAUCCACCAUGGGUACUCCCUAUCUGUAUACAUCUGUGCACACUGGCGACGACGACGAUGUUGUUUUUGCUGCUAUAUUUACUACUAAUGCUGCGGCUUAUGAUGAUGAUGAUGAUGAUGAUGAUGAUGAUGAUGAUGAUGAUGACAAUGAUGACGAUGAUGAUGACGAUGAUGACGAUGAUAAUGGUGGCCUUGAUGAUGAUGGUGAUGAUGAUGAUGAUGAUGAUAAUGGAGGUUGGCACACACGUUAUUUUUGUUGGAGACAUUACAAGAUAUGGCUGCCAACCGAUGUCAAUGGCGUUCUUGUUGUCAGUUUCUAUCCAGAUUGCCUGAGUGAAUGUCUGGAGGUACGUCCGGGGCAAAUAUGUACCAACUGCAACACGUCUGCAACGACGCUUUGGCGGCGAAACGCUGAGGGUGAUCCCGUGUGCAACGCUUGUGGACUGUAUUACAAAUUGCAUAAGCAGACAAAUCAGGGAACGAAAGCGAAGCUGAUGGAGGAACGCUGGGCAGAGCGGCUCGAUUCUGAAACACUCAAAGCUGAACCCAUAUUCCCUGCGCCACCCUUCUACCCAAACGAAGACUCAGCUACUUCUGACUUUUCAUCAGGGUUCCUUUGA